AUGGCCAAUCUACAUGGUAAUCGAAAACACUAUUACACAAGAAUGAGACAAGCUUCUACUCAUUGCCGGUUACAACAGCAACAAAUGAAGCAACAACGCUAUUGGUUAAAAUACAUCGCAACAAAAAAUGAUAUUACGAAGAAGAACCAAAGCAGCAACUCGCUACUGGAUCCAACAGCAACGAUAACGGCAACAUUUAU